GAAGUCGAGGCUUGGCUGCAGGAAGUCGAGGCGUGGCUACAGGAAGUCGAGGCCUGGCUACAGGAAGUCGAGGCCUGGCUACAGGAAGUCGAGGCUUGGCUACAGGAAGUCGAGGCGUGGCUACAGGAAGUCGAGGCCUGGCUGCAGGAAGUCGAGGCCUGGCUACAGGAAGUCGAGGCCUGGCUACAGGAAGUCGAGGCUUGGCUACAGGAAGUCGAGGCCUGGCUGCAGGAAGUCGAGGCGUGGCUACAGGAAGUCUAGGCUUGGCUACAGGAAGUCGAGGCUUGGCUACAGGAAGUCGAGGCCUGGCUACAGGAAGUCGAGGCUUGGCUGCAGGAAGUCGAGGCGUGGCUACAGGAAGUCGAGGCCUGGCUACAGGAAGUCGAGGCCUGGCUACAGGAAGUCGAGGCUUGGCUACAGGAAGUCGAGGCGUGGCUACAGGAAGUCGAGGCCUGGCUACAGGAAGUCGAGGCCUGGCUACAGGAAGUCGAGGCCUGGAGUACUUGUGUUGGGACCACAGACCGGGCUUGUUGCCCUGGUGACCAGACUCACUGCCGGAGCCGGACACAGGGAAUUGCGGCCAAACCCGGGACAGGACGUCAAGCGUUGUGCGCGCGAGUGGCAAUAGGACCAUGUGUGAGCCGGACGGGCAGGGCCUGUACCAUGAGAAGCAGCGGCUGGAGCUGUGUGCCGUCCACGCCCUGAACAACCUACUGCAGUGCCGGGCGUUCGGCAAAGAAGAUCUGGACGAGAUAUGCGGCCGUUUGUCGCCUGGCACCGUGCUGAACCCUCACCGCAGUCUCCUCGGGACUGGCAACUACGAUGUCAACAUUCUCAUGGCCGCCCUCGUAUCUCAGGGGCUCGCUCCCAUUUGGUGGGACAAACGCAGGUCUCUGGAUGCUCUGGUGCUCUCCCAGGUGUAUGGAUUCAUUCUGAACAUCCCAUCCAAUGUGACUCUGGCCUUCGUGACCCUGCCCAUACGCAGGAGACACUGGAUUGCAGUCAGGGAGGUGAACGGUCACUACUAUAACCUGGACUCAAAGCUCAAAUCCCCAGCACGGAUCGGAGGCAGUGAGGAGCUGAGGGUCUUCCUGGAGGGACAGAUCGCUGAGGAUGUGUGUGAGCUGCUUCUGGUCGUCAAGCAGGAGGUGGAGGAGAGCAAAGCCUGGCUCAGACUGGAGUGAGGAAGGGGAGGGUGAAUGGCAAGAGAGGAACAGAGAGAGAAUGGUCAGGCCUGGGACUCAGCUUCUGUUGCCCCAGAGUGUCGGUGGGAGGGGGAGGGUUGUAGCUCCUUUUCUCACAGAGAUUGAGGUCUGUGUGUGUGUGUGCAUGUGUGAGAUAGAGAUAUGAGACUUGAGUUAUGAUUGAUGUGAGAGCGAGAGAGAGAGAGAGGGGGGUUGGGGGUUUGAUGAAUGAGAGAG